UUCCACCGGAAGGGCAGCCGCAGCGUGUGUUGGUGUCCUGUCAGAACUGGCAUGGCGGGGGUUGCUCUGCCGCCGCUCAGGGCUCUCGGGACCCUGCGGACCUCCACGCUGGUCGCGGCCGCAGGCAGCUUGUGCUCCCCCCGCCGGGCCUGCUGUGCGCUGCCCCCGGUGUGGAGGACGUGUCCUGUCCGCACGCUGCGGCUCUGCGCCGCGCUGUGCGCGGGACAUAACAAGUGGUCGAAGGUGAGACACAUCAAGGGUCCUAAAGACGAGGCCAGGGCCAAGGCGUUCAACAAGUUGGGCAUGAUGAUAAAAAUAGCCGUGAAAGAAGGAGGCUCCAACCCAGACCUCAAUCUGAACUUGGCCCACCUGCUGGAGCAGUGCAGGAGCAAGAACAUGCCCAAAGCAUCCAUAGACGCUAUCAUCAAGAGUGCUGAAAAAGCUAAGCCAGUGUCUCAGCACAUGUUUGAGGCUCGGGGUCCCGGCGGGUGUCUGCUCCUCAUCGAAGCCCUGACCGACAACAUCUCACGCACCCAGCAGGACGUCAAGCGCCUGCUGGCCAGACACGGAGCGAUGCUGUCAGAUGGGGCUCGUCAUAACUUCAACAGGAGGGGGGUGGUGCUGGUGCCGGGCCAGGACGUCACCACAGAGCGAGCCCUGGAGCUGGCCAUCGAGGUCGGGGCCGAGGAUGUCCAGGAGACGGAGGACGAGGAGGAGAAGCCCCACCUGCAGUUUAUUUGUGAUAUGACUGAACUGAGGAAGGUGCGCAGCGCGCUGGAGGAGCUGGGAAUGCAGAUCUCGUCUGCGGGGGUGGAGUUUGUCCCCCGCACCCUCUUGCCUCUGGACCGCGACCAGCUUGACGUGGCCUCCAGUCUGAUAGGGGCCCUGAGUGACUCUCCUGACGUAGUACGAGUGUGGGACAACAUCCAGGCCGACAGCUGAGCGCCGUUUCCGGACACGGGGUGGACAUUGAACGUGUGAAAUAUCUGAUUUCACAUCCAGAGAGUUUCCUGACUGAUGCCUUGUCCAUCAGUGGGUCGUCGCACGGCUGCACAUCGUCAUGGAAGACAAACGUCAUCAGGGUGAAAGGAUGAAUGCAUUGACCAGGAAUUGACUGGCUGCAUGAGAUAAAACUUGGAAAAGAAAUGAAA